AUGCGGACCCACGCUCGGUUGGUAUUCUCGACACUGUAUUCUGCUGUCACUGUUUCGUCGCUGGGACGGUACAUUGUCGAAGUAUCAGACGUCAAGGCGAUUGAUCAAGUCAAGGAAUCCAUUUCACAGGAUCCGUCCUGUUACCAAGCAGCACAGCUGAAUUUUCGGCAUGUAUACGAAAACGCCAUAUUUCCUGGGUUCUCACUCGAGAUAAACAGCCCAGAUGACCCCAGAGACUACUCCUCUUGCCUCGGUGCUAUCGGCGGAGUGGUCAAAGUCUGGCAAUCGCGGCCGUACGUGCCCGCAUCUCAGACUGGAAAUCCCGCCCAGCAUGCCGGCGACGAGCCGUCCGGGCCCCCGGUGAACAGCAGCGUCCUGCACGGCUCGACGGGCGUCAAGGAGCUGCACGAUAUGGACAUUACCGGUUCGGAAAUCACAGUGGCGGUGGUCGACACGGGACUAGACUACCUCCACCCCGCCCUCGGAGGAGGUGUUGGGGCAGGCUUCAAGGUUCGCUUCGGCAUCGACCUUGUGGGCGACGACUUUAAGGUCGGUCUCCCGCCGCGACCCAGAUCGGAUCCGUACGCCGAAUGUUUAGCGCACGGGACGCACGUGUCGGGCAUCGUCGCCGGCAACCAAUCGUCUACCGGGUUCGUGGGCGUGGCUCCCGCCGCCAACCUCGAACAUUACCGCGUGGUGGGCUGCCACAAGAUUCCAAUCCAGUCGGACAUGAUAAUCCAGGCCGUCCUCAUGGCUCAGGCUCGUGAAGUUGAUGUCCUGUCACUCUCCUUAACGUUGGACUCGGGUCCCUACCCUGACGAUGCCUUGUCAGAAGUCCUCACCAGGAUAUCGCGGGCAGGACAGAUCCUCGUAGUGGUGGCCUCGGGCAACUACGGAUGGCGAGGUCCAUUCUCCGCCAGGGCGCCCGCAUCAGCUCGAGAGGUCUUGACGGUGGGUUCGGUCAAUUCCGUUUACUCUGUGCGGAGUCGACCUCGGGCGAGCUUCACGAUGCGAAACCAGACGACCGACUUUGCAUGGGCCCCUGCCACCCCGGGAAGAUUCCCAAGCUCCCCCGUCCCGCUGCAAGCGGCCACCGUGGACAUGUCGAUCAACAACGAUGCGUGCUCGGGCUUUGGGGACGAUGUGCACUUCCCAAGCACGUCGGUUAUCCUCGUUGGACGUGGCGGGUGCCCGUUUGAUGUCAAGAUGAAGAACCUGGUGGCCAGAGGCGCCAAAUUCGUGCUCGUUUACGACGACAAGGACGGACCCCUCUUCCAAUUCGACAACAUUUUUGACGGCAUCACCGCCGCCGGCUCCAUAACGGCACAGGUUGGGAGGGACUUGAUUAACGCUCUGGCCACAGGAUCCGACGUUUUUCUGAAUAUGGACCCGGAUUUCCACAAUAUGCCCUACAUCCGAGUGGAAGGAAACCCGCAACCACCUGGGCAGGUCAACGGACAAGGCUCCUGGGGUCCCACCGGCCUGGGCUACGACCUAACCUCCAUACUCGCCCCCGGCCAAAGCAUUUGGUCGACCAUCCCGCGGAGCUGGGGAGGCUACGGAACCUUGUCCGGCACAUCCAUGGCUGCGCCGUACAUUGCCGGCUGCGCAGCCCUCGUCAUGCAGGUCCACCCUGGCCUCGUUUCCGCCGAGGUUAUGGGGUUGCUGUCCAGUACCGCACGGCCGCUUAGCUUCAACGACGGGACGAAUAAAACCUAUGAUUUUUUGGCCCCCGUCGCGAUGCAGGGCAACGGCGUGGUCGACGCCAUGGGGGCGGCCAAGGCUGAGACUUUUAUCUCCGACCCCCACUUGUCGUUCAACGAUACCGAAUUUUUUACCGCAAACAUCUCGUUUUACAUCCAAAACAGAGGCGGCGAACCCGCCGAAUACAACCUCUCCCACAAACCAGCCGUGACCGUGCUUGCGCUGGAUGCCGACUCCCAGACCGUCACGCCAUGGUCCACAGAACAAUCUUCCACGUCGGCCUCGGAAACAUUUCUCAAGAAUUCGCUGUCAAACGUACACGCAGACAUCACCAUAACGCCCCAGUCCCUGACCAUCGAAGCCGGCGACUUUGGCCUGGUGCAAAUUACGGCCAAUAUUGACGCUCUGAAAGAUUUAAAGUCCCGCUGCCCCCUUUACAGCGGCUUCAUUUUUGUCGACGACGGCAAAAACGAGUCGCAACACAGCCUCUCGUACUCGGGCAUCGGGUGUUCGAUGCGUGAGAUGACCGUCGCGCCCAAGGGCUGGAACCAGACGUUCGUGACGGCCGCCACGGCGAGGCAGGCCCUGGACACGACCCGCGAGACCGUCCCCAUUUCGCCGAAUGCAGAGUUUCAGCUCCAGGGGCGGCAGACCGCCGGCCAGUACGAGAACUCGUCGACUCUGCUCCCGACCGUGAAAGUGGAGCUGGCAAUGUACAGUCGCGCGAUCUCCAUCGACGUCCUCCCUGCGGCUGCGGCAGGAGAGGAAAAAGGCGCUGCGGUGUUUUCGCGUAACCAGACUGCUCCGCCGGGAGGCUUUGGCCGCUUGUCGACGAAUCUCGUGGCGUGGAGCGGGCUGCUGGAGAAUGGCUCUUGGGCUGCCGAGGGCUUGUACAAGUUCAAGGUGUGUGCUCUCAGGGCUUGGGAAAAGAUGCAAGACCCCAACGCUCGCAGGGACUGCAUCGUCACGGACCCAUUCGGUAUACGCUACUGA